UUCAUUUCCCUGAGGCCUGGCCCCGCCCUCCCCAACCUUGCCCGGCAACUACUCGGCAGCCCCAAAUCUCUACUCGCUCUUCCUUUUGGCUUUGGGAGAGAAGCGGAGCAGUGAGUUGAAAAUCAUCCCUGGAUUUUUGCAUCCUGUACACAGUUAUCUCCUCAUCCUCUCCUUCGUUUUCCCACAUUGCACUCUCGGAGACUUCUCUGUGCCGGAGGGUAGCCUCGCCUAUCCGCCUAUCUGGAGCACCGGUCCUGUGGCAGGAGCCCCACUGAUGCUCUGACCAGGAGCUUCCCGAAAGGUGCCUCCCUCCGCGGGUGCCCAAGGCCACGCAGAGGUGCUCCUCCUUCCCCGCCUCACCUCAUCUCCAGACACCUCUUGCCAUCAUUGCAUCCACCCUUGUGUAAAACCCGCGCCCCCCGCCCCACCCGGCGCCGCACCCCCUCCCUCGGCUGCUCCCGGCAGGCGGGGAGCCGAACGGACUGGGGCGCGCGGGAGGCGCGCAGAGCUCGAGAGCUCUCGGGCUGCCCGAGCUCGCAGCGCCUGGGGAAUUGGGCUGUGGGCGAGGCGGCCAGGGCUGGCCUUUAUCGCUCGCCCCGCUGGUGGUUUGAAACUUUAUCAGCGAGUCUCGCCACUCGCCGCAGACGCGCGGGGGGCGGGGGCGCGGCGAGGCGCCUGCGGCCGUGACGAGGCGCUCCCGGCGCUGAGCGCUUCUGCUCGGGGCACGCAUGGCGCCCGCACACGGAGUCUGACCUGAUGCGGACGCAAGGGGGUUAAUAUGAACGCCCCUCUCGGUGGAAUCUGGCCCUGGCUCCCCCUGCUCUUGACCUGGCUCACCCCUGAGGUCAGCUCUUCAUGGUGGUACAUGAGAGCUACAGGUGGCUCCUCCAGGGUGAUGUGUGACAAUGUGCCAGGCCUGGUGAGCCGCCAGCGGCAGCUGUGCCACCGACACCCAGAUGUGAUGCGUGCCAUUGGCCUAGGCGUGGCCGAGUGGACUGCAGAGUGUCAGCACCAGUUCCGCCAGCACCGCUGGAACUGCAACACCCUCGACAGAGAUCACAGCCUCUUCGGCAGGGUCCUGCUCCGAAGUAGUCGGGAAUCUGCCUUUGUUUACGCCGUCUCCUCAGCGGGAGUUGUGUUUGCCAUCACCAGGGCCUGUAGCCAAGGAGAAUUAAAAUCCUGUUCCUGUGAUCCAAAGAAGAAGGGAACGGCCAAGGACAGCAAGGGAAAUUUCGACUGGGGUGGCUGCAGUGAUAACAUUGACUAUGGGAUCAAAUUUGCCCGAGCAUUUGUGGAUGCCAAGGAAAGGAAAGGAAAGGAUGCCAGAGCCCUGAUGAACCUUCACAACAACAGAGCCGGCAGGAAGGCGGUAAAGCGGUUCUUGAAACAAGAAUGCAAGUGUCACGGAGUGAGUGGCUCGUGUACUCUGAGGACGUGCUGGCUGGCCAUGGCUGACUUCAGAAAAACGGGCGAUUACCUCUGGAGGAAGUACAACGGGGCCAUCCAGGUCGUCAUGAACCAGGAUGGCACUGGUUUCACUGUGGCUAACAAGAGGUUUAAGAAGCCAACAAAAAAUGACCUUGUGUAUUUUGAGAAUUCUCCAGACUAUUGUAUCAGGGACCGAGAUGCAGGCUCUCUGGGUACAGCAGGCCGUGUAUGCAACCUGACUUCCCGGGGCAUGGACAGCUGCGAGGUCAUGUGCUGCGGGAGAGGCUAUGACACCUCCCACGUCACCCGGAUGACCAAGUGCGAGUGUAAGUUCCACUGGUGCUGUGCCGUGCGCUGUCAGGACUGUCUGGAGGCCCUGGACGUGCACACAUGCAAGGCCCCUAAAAGCGUUGACUGGGCGGCUCCCACAUGACCCCAGAGGAGGUUGCCAUCACCUUCUCUCCUGCAAGGACUCCAUUGGAUCUGCAAGGACACUGGGCCUUUGGGUUUUCUCGGGGAGAUAUUUCCUAAGGCAUGUGACUUUGCCUCAACAGAAGUCCUUCCUCUCCCACCCAGGGGGCCCCAGAACUGGGGCCACGUGUUGCACACAAAGCAUGCCUUAUUCCCUCCGCCUUCGAGCAUUCUGGGCCGCAUCUCUUCCUGGUCAGGACAGACUGCUAGGAGGGGAGGGGCCGGCCACAUCACUGUCUCCACCCACCUAGACGUUUCCUCUUUCUAGAGCGGCUGGCCAGAGGGGAAAAGAGUGUCCCAAAGGAGCUUUCUCUGUGUCUCCCAAUAAAUGAUCAUAGUUCAGAAAUCCCAUACUUCUCUCAGGAGGGUAAAGACAGCAGGACCAACUGCCACCGAAUUAACUGUAAAUCCUGAAAAGACCAAGCAAGGCUUUUGCCUGAUCAAGUGAUUUUCGCAGCUACCGCGUCCAGGGGUAAUUGGUAACUGCCUGGAGAAAGAUGGCUUUCAAAGAACUUCAGGUUUAAAACGCAUAUUUUUCAAAGCACUUAUUGCUAUAUUAAAAUUUGACGUAACAAGAUGGGACUGUUGUCCUUUGGUACAGUUUUGGAAUCUUUACAAUAGCAAGAGCCUCAGAAAGUCAUUGCUUUGCAUUGACUUAAUAUAAAGCAACUUUAUAUAUAAAAUCCCCUUAAUAUAAAGCAACUUUAGGGAUCUCACUUAAGAUCUGAAGGGAAUUUAAAAGAAAGAUUGAUGAUCUGGCAGUGUUCUGACCUAUUGGGGGAGGAUGGAGGAGAAUAACAGUGAGUAAAAUAUCAGAAAAUGUGUCUGUACAGAUAAGGAGAAAAAGGGGAAUAAAAUUUCUAUCUGGUA